CAACAUUUAUAUAGGGGGGCAAAAUAAUAAUUUAGUCUUGCAUAUUACUGGAAAAAACUCGCCAUCGAUGAUCAGUGAUCGCUGUACACUUUGAAGCACGGUAUAGUUUUUGUUUGUUGUAUUUUUCUGGACAGUAACAACCCUGUCAGAGUUAAUUCAUGCAGAUGUGGGUUCAUCACUUUGGGUAAGGAAGAGAGAGGUUAGGGCAGAGAUGGUAAGCAGAGGGUCGUAUGGCUCUGGCGGCCUCUUGACUGGUAGAUUCCAUGCUCGAAAGCUAUCCCCAAGCGUCAUCACUUUCUAUACCAUCUUCAUAUUUGCUUUCUCCAUCAUCGUCUUCUUGUUCUACGUGAGGAACAUUAGUAUUGAUCAAGAUCCACGACGCCCUUUCAUUUCUCGACAAUCUAAUUCUCAGCAGUCGCUACAGGUGCCAGAGUUACAUGUGCACGAUAAGCAGCAACUUUGGGAUUCUCCGUUCAAUCAUGGCUUACACCAGUGUGUUGAGCGGACUACUAAAUAUAAAGCUGCCAAAGGAUUUAAUCGCUAUCUAACUGUGAGAAGUAACGGUGGACUAAAUCAAAUGCGAACCGGUAUAUCAGACAUGGUGGCUGUGGCACAUAUGAUGAAUGCAACUUUAGUCGUUCCUCAAUUGGAUAAACGUUCAUUCUGGAAAGACUCAAGUGUAUUUUCAGAUAUAUUUGAUGAGCUUCAUUUCAUUCAAUCCCUGAAAGGUGAUAUCAGGAUUGUUAGUGAGCUUCCCAAAAACUUGGAAGGUAUCCCCCGGGCCAGGAAACACUUUACUUCCUGGGCUGGGUUCGGUUACUAUACAGAUAUGACAAGGUUGUGGAGUGACUAUCAGGUGAUACAUGUUGCAAAAUCAGAUUCUCGACUUGCAAACAAUGAUCUUCCUCUGGACAUACAGAGGUUGAGGUGCCGGGCAAUGUAUCAGGCGCUUCGAUUUUCUCCUCCAAUAGAGAAUUUAGGAAAGAGGUUGGUGGAUCGGCUGAGAUCACAAGGAGGAAGAUAUAUUGCUCUCCAUCUGAGAUAUGAGAAAGAUAUGCUGUCUUUUACGGGUUGCUCUUAUGGUCUCACAGAUGCAGAAUCUGAAGAGCUUAGAAUUUUGAGGGAGAAUACAAAUUAUUGGAAAGUAAAAGCGAUAAAUUCAACAGAACAGAGAAUUGGAGGAUUUUGUCCACUUACUCCAAAGGAGGUGGGCAUUUUUCUUCACGCUCUUGGAUACCCACCAUCCACACCAAUAUACAUAGCAGCUGGAGAGAUCUAUGGUGGUAAUACUCAUCUUUCGGAGCUCUCAUCCCGUUUCCCUAAUCUAAUCUUUAAGGAAUCCCUUGCAACUCCUGAAGAGCUGAAAGAUUUCACUAAUCAUGCUUCCCAAACUGCUGCACUUGAUUACAUAAUAUGCGUAGAGAGUGAUGUAUUUGUUCCGUCAUAUUCGGGAAAUAUGGCAAGAGCAGUUGAGGGACACCGCAGAUUCUUAGGUCACCGCAAGACAAUCAAUCCAGACAGGAAAGGUCUGGUUGGAAUUUUUGAUAUGGUGGAAACUGGAGUGCUUGAAGAAGGAAAGGAACUGUCGCAAAUGGUUCAGCGGAUGCACAAGAACAGGCAAGGAGCUCCAAGGAAAAGGCAUGGUUCUCCACCAGGAGUCAAAGGCCGGGCACGAUUUAAGACUGAAGAGUCCUUUUAUGAAAAUCCAUAUCCUGAGUGUAUAUGUGGUUCUAAAAGCAAACUAGAAAUAACAUGACGAUAAACCAAACUGCAGUUACCUUUUAUUUUUGGAGAGACAGGUUAAUCUGUAAAUUGGUUUUGACAAAUUGUAAUUCUAUUUAGACAUAUCUGGUCUGGUUGA